AUGGCCGAAGCAAUCAAAGGCACCAUGAACAGCAUGCUGUCAGCCCUCAACCUGGGCGGCAAGAAAGAGUCAGAGGAUGCAGUGCCUCCACCAUCUGACGAAGAGUACAAAGAGCUGAAGGAAAAGUUUGAGAAGGCCGGCCAGGAACAGGUUUUCGCAUUCUACGACGAGCUCCAGCCCAACGAGAAAGGUGCCCUAUACCAGCAGCUCCAAGCAAUCGACCCAGAACACAUCAACAAGCUUGCCGACACCGCCUUGAACCCUCCCAAGGCCGAGAGCGAGGAGCAGAAGCCCAAGCUAGAGCAACUACCAGACUCGGCGACCACUUCCACCAUCGACAGCAAGGAGGACGCAUUGAACAAAUGGCACGACGAUGGGCUGAAGCUGAUUUCGGAGAACAAAGUUGGCGUAGUACUUAUGGCAGGAGGCCAAGGCACAAGAUUGGGCAGCUCAACGCCCAAGGGGUGUUACGACAUUGGGCUGCCCAGCAACAAGUCACUCUUCAGACUGCAAGCGGAGCGUAUAUACCGGCUUCAGCAUCUCGCUGAGCGGCAUUACGAGAAGGAGGAUGUGGCUGUGCCGUGGUACAUCAUGACCUCUGGGCCGACGAGGAAGCCCACAGAGCAGUUCUUCGAGGAGAACAAGUAUUUUGGAUUGAACCGCAACAACGUCUUGUUCUUCGAGCAGGGUACUCUGCCGUGCAUUGACAUGAAUGGGAAGAUACUGCUUGAUAGCAAGGGCAAGGUUGCCGUGGCGCCGGACGGGAAUGGAGGGCUGUACAAUGCGUUGAUUGAAGGUGGCAUUGUUGCGGACAUGCAGAAGCGUGGCAUCCAGCACAUUCACGCCUAUUGCGUGGACAAUUGCCUUGUCCGGGUGGCAGAUCCUACCUUCAUCGGCUUUGCUGCCGAGAAAAACGUCGACAUUGCCACCAAAGUGGUGCGGAAGCGAGAUGCGAAGGAGUCUGUAGGCCUGAUCCUGCAGAAGAACGGCAAGCCAGAUGUCGUCGAAUACUCGGAGAUCGAUUCGGACACAGCAGAAGCCAAGGACCCGAAGGACUCGAAUCUGCUCAAGUUCCGUGCGGCCAAUAUCGUCAACCACUACUACUCCUACAGCUUCCUGGAGUCGAUCCCGAACUGGUCACACAGGCUACCACACCACGUAGCGAAGAAGAAGAUCCCACACGUGGACAGCGAGGGCAAGCAGAUCAAGCCUGAGAAGCCGAAUGGCAUCAAGCUGGAGCAGUUUGUCUUCGACUGCUUCCCGUUCUUGUCGAUGGACAAGUUCGCAAGCAUGGAAGUAAAGCGGGAGGAUGAGUUCUCGCCGCUGAAGAACGCCAAAGGAACUGGCGAGGACGACCCUGACACUUCACGACGGGACAUCUUGCAGCAAGGGAAGAGGUUCAUUGAGGCGGCUGGAGCGACGGUGACGAGCGAAGAUCAGAGUGAGUCGGGGGUGGAAGUGAGUCCGCUGAUCAGCUAUGGCGGUGAGGGCUUGGAGUUCUUGAAUGGGCGCGAGAUUCGUGCUCCGGCUGUCAUUGAGAAGGAGGAGUAG